CAGCACUCAAGUUACAUAUAUGAAUGAUGGUAACUAAGUUGUCUCAUUGAGUAUGUUGUUAAAACUACUGUAGCAAAUAAGUAGAGAUGGAAAAACUAACCACAUGUCAGUUGGUCUGAAACAAAGCUCCUUUGAUCUUGCAUGAUUAAGGAAAACAUUUUAAUUUAUUUACCAGACUGGAAGACCCAUCCAGAUGCAGUAAGGGCUGCAUCUUUGUACACACAAUAAAUUCUCAGUCUCCACGAGACAGGGAAACCUCUUUUAAUGUCUAUGGAUUUAAGACUGUGUGCUCAAGAUCAGGAGAGGGAACUUAUUAACUUCUACAAGCAACGAAAUGUAGAGUGGGCAUGUCCUGUUAAAUGUAAUCUUCAAGGUACAGUCUAGAGAAAAUAAAAAUGUAUACACAAGAGAAUGUUUACUGUAGUUCAUAUGGUGUAGUUAUGAUGUCAGAAUAAUUUUACUUUAUAUGUUCAUUGUUUUCAGGGGACUCUGCAGUUGGUGAAGGAGUCACCAGACACUUUUUUUCAACAGUUCUUCAAAAACUGAAGUAUGGUUUCAAUUUAAAUUUGGGAAACACAGGUGUAACAUGCCUCUUUGAAGGAGAACCAGACCAUUUGGUGCCUUCUUCAGCACAGCUUCUAAUAGAAAGCGAUCUUUUCUUGGUAGCAGGAAGAAUGCUAGGCCACUCCUUUUUGCAUGGUGGCCCGUGUCUUACAGGCCUCAGCAGAGCUUUUGUUCAUGUUCUGUUUCACAGCUCAUCUGAUACAGCCACUUUGCAAUUGGAGGACUGUCCAGAUAUUGAUGUACGAGAGACCAUCAGCUUUCUCAGUGGAGAAGUUUCAUUGACCGAGGACCAAUACAGUAAAGUCUUAGAACUUUGUUUGGCUUGGGAUCUUCCUGGUCCAACAGAAGAAAAUAGAAGGUGGCUUUACGAGCGUCUGCUGUCACAUGCGGUUCUUGGGAGAAGAACACGCCAAAUGAAACAAAUCAAGCAGGGACUGAAAGACACCUUUGUUUGGCCCCUACUUACUGACAGGAAGGAUGUAGUGUUAUUCCCCAAGGAAUCUGAGGACCUAUGCACCCCUGAGAUGCUACUUUCAUGUAUUGACUGGCCUAACGAAAGCAAUAAUAGUGAUGAUGAUGACGACGACGAGUACCCAGCUGCUACUAAGGAAAGGAUUGCUGGAUUUUUAAAGCAGUUCAUCGAGUCAGGAUCCAGAAAAGAUCUUAAAAACCUUUUGCGGUUCUGGGUCGGAUGGGAGCGGAUUGAAAAAAACAUGGCUGUGGAAGUUGUAAAAAGCGAUCUUCCACGAUCCUCCACCUGCUUUUGUAUUCUUCGACUACCAGGCCACUACACAGAGUUCCACUCCUUUUCAAAAGACUUGAUUAUGUGCAUUGGUGUUUGCAAGUAUGGUUUUGGGCUUGUGUAAUUUUUAGAUGCACAGUUUAACAUAACGUCACUGAAAGACUGUAAUCAAUGCGGUUACUGCAUUUAUCUUCUCAGGUUUUUGUUUAAGUACUUUGUUGUAGUAAGUAUUUAUGUUUAAUAACAGUGAAAAUCCAGUUUACUAAGGAUUGAAAUGUUAAAAUUAUUGCAAAUUAGGAGUCUA